AGAAAAAAUACCCUUGUCUAACCCGGUGCGGAGUAAAACCAUCCAGAUGAAAGAAUCGUGCUACCGUCUCACUUCACAUCACGUCUCCGACUCGACUCUGCCUACAACUGCAGAGAGUUAGCCACUGUCCAAGUGGAGCCAGAGUCCGAAUCCCCCUCUAAACAAAUUAAAAACCAUACCUACCUUUCUUCUUCUCCCCGAUUCAAAGUUGAAACACGCAGAGAUGCCCAACGCUCAAUUCUCUCCUAGUAUUCAUCCCAAUCAUUUCUUCUCUACCAGAAAUCCUACCCUUCUUCACUAUUCUUCGGCUCUCAAGCUAUACGAUCAGCACCGUUUCUUGCAGUCUUGGCCUGGGAUGGCCGCUUGUAAAACUACUUUCUGUACCAGGCUCAAAGCGAUUCCAUCUGACACUGAUAGCAAAACAUCUGAAUUGGCUAAUGAUAUUAACUGGGACAACCUUGGACUCAAUCCUGUGCUCACUGACUAUAUGUAUGUAAUGAAAUGUUCUGGAACCGACAAGUUUUCAGAUGGUGAGUUGCAGCCUUUUGGGAACAUUGAAUUGAAUCCAUUCUCUUCUGUCUUGAACUAUGGCCAGGGAAUUAUUGAAGGUUUGAGAGCAUUCAAGAAAGAAGAUGACUCGGUUUUGUUAUUUCGUCCUGAGGCAAAUGGGCUGCGAAUGAGAGUGGGAGCAGACAGGAUCUGCAUGCCUGCGCCAACCAUUGAUCAGUUUGUGCGAGCUGUCAAAGCUACUGUUUCAGCAAAUAGACGAUGGGUAAUGAUGGUUCUUAAGCAAUGUAAAAUGUUUAUGUGCAGUAUAUGCAUUUUAGUGUUAUGUUGUUACUAUCAAAUAGCCAUAGGGCUCCAUGACAUGAUGCAGGUUCCCCCUCCAAGUAAAGGCUUUUUAUACAUCCGACCCCUACUUAUAGGCAGCGGAGCUGUUCUUAGUCUUACGCCCUCUCCUGAAUUCAUCUUUCUGAUUUAUGUUACUCCAGUGAGGAAUUAUUUUGAGCAUGGUGCAGAACCAAUUAAUCUGGUCAUUGAGAAUGAUAUUCAUCGUGCAGUUUCUGGUGGAGUUGGAAGCAUAAAUGCUAUAGGAAAUUAUGCCACGGUUAUGAAGGGACAAGUUGCAGCUAAAGCAGGUGGUUUUCAUGAUGCUUUGUAUCUUGAUGCUGUUCACAACAAAUAUCUUGAAGAAAUUUCUGCUGCUAACAUUUUUGUAGUGAAGGAUAAAACAAUAUGUACUCCAGCAUUGAGAGGGACAAUUCUGCCAGGCAUUACACGAGAAAGUGUUAUUGAUAUUGCUCGCAGACAAAGGUUUCAGGUUGAGGAGAGACCUGUUUCAGUUGAGGAAUUAUUUAGUGCUGAUGAAGUUUUUUGUACGGGAAAUGCUGUUGGUUUAUUGCCUGUGGGUAGCGUUACUUACCAGGGUAAAAGGUUGUCCUACAAGGAAGGCGGACUUGGUACUGUGUGCAGGCAGCUCUCCUCUGCCCUUGCUAAUAUACAGAUGGGCCUUGCAGAUGAUAAAAUGGGUUGGACUGUGGUCUGGAAGUUGGAAGACAAGUGACGAAAGAAUUUAAUUUCUGUAAACAUAACUAAUAAAAAAAAUUGUAGUUCAAUUUUUUCAAAAAAAAAAAAAAAUUUAAUUGUCAGUUCAACUUGAUUUCAUAAA